AUUGAUCCGUAUACCGAAGAAAAGCUGACGUUCUUGGAGAUACAGCUCGCUGUAGAAAGGAUCCGUCAACAACUGACUGGAAUCAACAAGAGUACUGUAAUUGCUUCUAUAUGCGGGAACUCGAUCUCAGUGCUUCUUACCUACUUGGCAGCAAUUGAUCUUGGUGCCAUUAUUGUGCCUGUGAAUCCAGCGUCGAAACAG